AUGAUUGAAGAACGGCAGGGACCAACUAUAGAUGUCCGGUUUAGGGAGGUGUCCGCCUCAUUAUAAGGAGACAAAGAAAAUGACUGAAGAACGGGAGCAACCAACUUGAGGUAUCCUUUUUAGGAAGGUGACCGCCUUAUGCAGGGUAAAUAAAAUGAUCAACUCGAGGUGUCCUUUUUAGGGAGGUGUCCGUCUUAUAGAGACACAAAUAAAAUGUCUAAAGAACGGCAGGGACCGACUUAGGUGUCCGGUUUCAAUAGGUAGGUGUCGGCUGAUCGCCUCAUAGAGAAUCCAUGAAAGUGACCGACUUAAGGUGUCCGUUUUAGGGAGGUGUCCUUCUGAACGAUGCAAAGAAAAUGACUGAAGAACAGCAGGAACCAACUCUAGGUGAACGUUUUAGAAAGCGUUGCAUCUUAAUCAGAGUUGCCCGUUAUUUUUUUUAUAUUUUAUUUUUAGAGCUACCCGUUAGAAAGGAGGUGCCUUUGGAUUAACGGAACUGGCGAAAGUGAAUCCAGAAACUCAGAGGAAGAAGGCUUACCAAUAGUGACACAAGAGUGGGUGUUUGGCCAUUAUUGUAGCUCAUCAGAACGGCGUAACAAACAUAGAAGCUCCGCUGAGGAAAUACGCGCACAGAUCAUUGCUCAGUGUUUGUUACACUUUUCUAACUGUGUCGCCCCUGGUCAAUCGGCUCCUGCCCAUGUAAGGUAAUCUGGAAUCCGGGAAUAUUUUGCCUGGCUUUGGAAUCCAGAAUUCAUGAUCAGCUCAAGGAAUCUGGAAUCUCGCUAACGAUUGGAAUCCGGAAUCCAGUACAUCAAGUCCGAAAUCCGCAGCGUGGAAUCCAGAAUUUAAGACUGUCUUUGAUUACCUUACUCGCGACGAAACUGUAGAAUGACAAGGAAAGCUUAACUCUGAUUAUUAAUAAGUUGGAUAGUCAAAAACAGCUCUGUUUGUUAGAUUAAUCGCUUUACUAUCCAACCGGUUGCAUUAGAGAGGUAUAAUUGUGAACUUCUGAGGUAGCCUGAAAACUCCAAAAAGUGGUCGGUAGACCCAAUGACAGGGUUGUUGGAUUAACGAGGUCGUAGAGUAAGGAAAUGAAAGGACUCAGGCCAGAAUAAACUACUGGUGUUUGAAAGCACAAUAUUAACCAGUUGGUGGUAUUAACCCUUAAAAUCCCGGAGGGGGACCAACAUAAAUUUUCUCCUAAGAGUAUUAUAUAAAAUCAAUAUUAAAUGUAAUGAGAAUUAAUAAAAAAGUCGCAAAAGGAAAAUACCUUGAUCUUUUUUACAAAUUCUCUUACUUAAUUUGAAGGAAAUGUAUGGAGAUUAGCCUGGAGAUUUUUUUUAAUGGAUAUUGAGUCUUAAAAGGUUAAUGAAGUGGUUACAUGGUAGAAGUCUAUGAAGAUUUGCUGGUAGUAGGACACGGUUCAUUUGCACCGCAUGUAUGGCAAAAUAAACCUAGUGUUGGGACUAUAACCCCUCGAAAAUUUGUUAUAGGCAUUUUGGGGAACUCGUCUUUUAAGAUCUUCAUUAUUUGUUGCAAGGAGGAGAGCGACUAUGCACUUGAGUUUAGAAUCCCGGCUACCAGAGGUUUUUUGUUCGCUUUGAAGCUUUUCAGGUUGACAAGGCAAAGAGGAGUGAGAAUUUCCGGGUGUGGCACUCUGUCCAACAAUAAGCUCCCGCAAAAAUAACCCCUUCUUAAGUAAAAUGCAACCUUUAAAAUCCUUUGAACUGUUUGAAUUUAAUCUAAGGGUUCAGGAAGCUAAAAAUAACACGGAUUUUUUUUCUGCUUAGAUCCUGUUUUGCGGAGAUGCAAAGCCAACAGUUUAUGAAUGAUAUUUAUGUCAGUUUCAGG